UCACCAGGGACACAACGGCUCUUCCAGAAAGUUCUCCCCACUCUGGAAGCGUCCAUCUCGGUCACACCGCUGAUCAGUCCUUUGUCUCUUUCCUUACUGGUCCGGCAAACGUGAGACCACAACCAGAGGUGGUGCCUCAGACUGGGGACAUGGCGGUUCUGGUGCUGCAGAUCCUGGGCCUGCUCAUGGGCCUCCUGGGCUGGAUCCUGGAGUCCAGCUGCACAAGCUCUCAUGCCUGGAAGGUGAAGAGUCACGUGGACUCCGUCACCUCCAGCAGCUGGCAGUUUCAGGGCUUGUGGAUGGAAUGCGCAGCUACCUCUUCAGGAGCUGUCCAGUGUAACACAUAUAAGACUGUCCUGGGCCUGCCAGGUUAUGUGCAGGCGUGCCGUGCUCUGAUGAUUGUUGCCCUCCUGCUGGGCCUGAUUGGGAUUAUUGUUUCCUUGCUGGGAUUGAAGUGUACGAAGAUCGGUAGUGCCUCUAAAGAGGCCAAGGGCAAGAUUGCCCUGACUGGAGGUGCUCUGUUCCUGCUGUCAGGCCUCUGUAGCCUGACAGCUGCCUCCUGGUAUGCCGCUCGAGUCGUGCAGGAAUUCUACGAUCCCUUCUUUGGCGGCAUCAAGUUUGAACUUGGAGCUGGCCUGUACAUGGGCUGGGGUGGAGCCAGCUUGGCCAUUUUGGGAGGGGGUUUCCUGUGCUGUUCCUGCAAGAGGGCUGUUUCUGCUCCGGCUAAAGGAAAUUAUGGUUAUAACUACUCUUCAGCUGGCCAAGAUCAGAAGAUCUACAAACCGGCACCGGCUUCAACCGAUACUGGAAGUACAAAGGCAUAUGUCUAAAUGCAUUUCAGAAAUCGUUAGAUUUGGAAACACUUACAUGUCUGUAUAUUAAUUGUUGUUUUUACAGUUGUCCCUAGCCUAUUUGACUGGUUUGCUAACCAAUUUUUGUUAUAUAUUUCUUUUUCUUUCUUUUUUUUGUAAAUUGUUUCGUAAUUAUGAGCUCUAAUUGAAUAUGAGUUCUGUUUGAACCGUUGAUAUAUACUAAAUAAAUACAUACUUUGUAAUUCAUUCAUUGACUAAUAAAUCAUUAUUUGGUA